AUGUCCCCCACCGCUUUAGAUCCUCGCCCACAAAGCUCUCAACAAGUGCUGCCAGAAGAAUAUGUCCAAGAGGCGUUCCACUCGUUCCUCAAGUCUUCGCUCACUCAGGCGAAGAUCGAGGGCCUCCUGCCAACAGACGUGCUCUCGAGUGCAGAAGGAGAUCUCAUGAUCACAGGUCCCGCGCUCUGUCUGUACUUUGCCGCAUUACGAUCAACGACAGAACCGCCUUCCGUUCCCCUUCCACGGCGAUCCAAGAGCUCGUCCAACCCCGCGUUCGACCUCUCAUACGACAACUGUCCACCGACAUUCCGCCCCUUCUGGCUCGUCUGGUCCCAAUCAGUUCCCGAGAUCCAAGCCUUGGUCCCGGAGCACCAGCACGACCUCGCACGAAUCAUCUGCGGCCUUCCUCCGAUUGCCACGCCCAUCAACCGACGCGUAAACGGUAUCGCGGCCGAUCUGCGCGCGGUGGCGAUUGAGAUUAGCAUGCGGCGGACGUUCCAGGACCGGUACGCGAAUGACCUGCAGGCUGCGUUGGAUGCAGGGUCCCCAGGCGGGCGGAGAAAGCUCAAGGCGAGCUUCGUCCCUCCUCCAGAUUACAACACCGCACAGUCCACUCCCUCCAUAUCUCGUACAUCGUCGGCCAUGAGCUCUACCAGCACGAUCUUCCCAUCCCCCAUCUCGCCCCACUCACCCACCAUCCUUGGGCCCGACGCGCCUAUAAUCGAGUUCAUCCGGGAGACGCUCUACGCAGCGUUAGCCGAUGUCAUCGAGCGCACGCCCUCCAUCCGGCGUGCCCUCCGCACGGACCCGACGCGCGCCUACUUCGCCGCGGUCGCCUUCGCCAUCCUCGACGUCGCCACGGGCACAGUCACCCAUCCUCACAAGACAGUCGAAGACAUUCUGUCCCCGGGGGAUGCCGAUCGCGAGGAGGCGACUAUCCACGGGGUGCUGGGGAAGACGAUCACGUUGUCGGAGUGUCCGCGCGAGCUGCGGCCGUUCAUGGCGGAGCUGUGCGCGAUCGGGAAAGCAGCGCGGGAAAUGGAGGAGGAAGACUCGCUCGCGACGGUUCGCGCGCUCGAGCGCGGGCAAGAUCCUCCAUCGCCACGGCUAGAUCGGGUGCAUGACGUUCUCGAAGGCGGCGUCGGACACGCUUACGAUGAUGCCUGCUCGCAACGGUCGAGGAGAACAGAUACCUCACGGUCGGACAGGCAUGUCCCAGACUCCCGUCGUCGCACGACGUCUACUGAGAACCGCGCCGUGGCGUUUGCGAAUCGGAUCAACGCGCUCGCGCUGGGGAUGACGAAGCUGCGCGCGUUCAGGGAGCGGCAGGAUAUGGUCUUCAAGGUCCUUUCAGGUAUCGGUGGAUGA